AGUUUGCUUUGUCUGCACUUUAGCACAUAUUUAUUAGGAAAUACAGCGUUGGCUUAUAUUAAUAAUAAUAAUAAUAAUAAUAAUAAUAUAAAAUUUAAAAUGAAAAUUCCUUCAUUCAUCUUCGGAACACAAAUGUAAUUUUUACAAAGCUACAAGAAAGCUACUUUUUGUGCGCAAACUAUUUUUCUCCCCUGUGUUACCAUAUUCUGCCAUUAUGGAGAGUAACAUAAUUCCACAGGCCACAAUCAUCAACCUGAUCAACUCAAUGCGUAGGAGAUGUGUUGCACUGCGUGAGGCAAAUGGUGGUCACACCCGAUACUGACUGGUUUUCGGACCCCCUGGACCCCCCAAUACAGUAAAACUGCACAUUUUAAAUAAAUAUAAGUAAAUAUUCUUUGGUAGCCUCUUUAGAUGGCUUUUAGUUAAGGUCAUCACAGACAUGCAGCAAUGAGAAGAAUCUCAGCCACAAUCCCUGAGGCCCUGAGUGCUGAUUUCAGCCUCUGUGUGUGAGGACACUAUAUUAACACACCUCACUAAAUGGCACACUGCUCUUCUCAUAUAUAGCGGAAUGAUUGGAACAAGUGGAACGGGAGCUUAUGGAAAAAUGUGCUUUCAGUUUAUCCUUCCCAUUACCAUCCAAGCACAACACAGUAUUCAGAAAGCAUGACCUCUGUACUGACAAUGGCUCUGCAGACAAAAACAGAUGAUGUCUCGAGUAUCAUCUGUUGUGAUACAGCAUGCAUUUGUUCUGAAUUGCACUAAAUUUUGGUGAUUCAAAGGAUUGGUGGUUCAACACUAAACAUGCAUAUUUGCUAGUACAUUUUAAAGACAUCGUAUUAGGGUUAGGUUUAACUCUUACUUAAAAUAAACUGGAAAUUUAGUUUCAUGACUUUCAUGACAUUUCCUUCCAUUCAUGACAUGAACAGAUAACAGAAAAUUUCCUUAACACUCCCUUUUAUGAUGUAUGAGGACACUACAGAAUGUAAUUGGCGUAUUUUAACUGAAAAUUCAUUUGAGAACAGUGGAGUGGUGUUUUUGGUGUGAAUUAAAAGUUCAAUUGAAGGGCCCCUCUGCCUUUUAUUCACUUGAUCACAAGUGUUUUCAAGCAGAAGUAGUUCUAGUCCUCUAGUAUUUGUCUUAUGAUGUCUCUGCAGCACAUGACUAUGCUGGUUUUAGGAUUUUUUUACAAAAUGUUCAGCCAGUUUUGGGAUGUCAUAUAACUAACAAAGAGCAUAUUGAGCCAGUGAGGCAGGAUUAUCAGCACUCCUGCCCCAUCCUAUCUCCUGAAGGGUUCAGAGGUCACUCCACUCUCAUGUUUAUAAACACUGUGCUGUCGAGAGGAAGGAUCAUAAUUAUACUAUGUUUUAACCAGCUUCAAGUUCACACACUUUUAACAGGCUGGAGCGCAGGCUGUCAGGUUUCUAAGCGAGGAGAUAAUGAGAGUUCACACACAUACCAGAUUCUGCUUUCUCUGCGUGCUGACCCUGCUGUACCAUCAGUGCAGUCACUGCCAUGAAGGAGGGUCUCACCAUCACCACGGGCACAACCACGGUGAUCACGACCACAUCCACAGUGACCUGCAGAUUUCAGAAUUGUCCUGCGAUGGUUUAUCAGACCAUUUUGUGCACAGCGGCCAUGGCGAAUCUGCAGAGAACGAGCAACGUUACUACAUCCAGCAGUUGUUCUGUCGGUACGGCCACAAGGAUCGUCUGGAUUUUAAAGGCUUCCAGAGUCUGCUGUUGAGUUUAGGGCUGGGCGAAGUGCGUGUGGUUGGGCUGGAGCAUGAAGACCUGGGCCACGAUCAUGUGGCACACUUAGAUAUUCUCGAGGUUCAGGAGGGUCGGCACUCGCAUUCAGCCAGCCAUCCGCAUCCUCAUCAGAAGCCCCACAUCUCACACGAGACCCAUCAACAUCCCCACCACGAGAAUGAACAACAUGGCCCUGCCGAGGAGCUACCAUGCAGCAAAACACUUGGCACCGGAGCCGAGAGCACCACUCGCAGUGGAUCUGAGGGACAUGAUCAUGAUCACCAUGACCAUGACCAUGAUCGUGAACAUGAUCACGAUGAACAUGAACAUGAACAUGAACAUGAACAUGAGAAAGACAGUGAUCACAAACAUAUUCACAGGCAUGUUACGGACAGUCCUCAUACUCAAGAUGACCAUGACCAGCUUGAGCAAAAGAGUAGUGAACAUGCACAAGAAAAUAAUGAUCUCAGUGACCAAAACCACCAUCAUCACGACCACCAUCACCACAAGCAUCCCCACCCUCAUCUCCAUAGUCCUGACAGCAUGGAGCACCACACAGCAUCCCCUCAUCUCACACCCAGAAUACAGCCUUCUGCCCCAUCUGAGCUACCCACCACACAACCCAGGAGAAACAGCAGACCACCUAAAGCCAGAGCUCAUCGAGGACGCAACAAGACCAGCAUCAGUGUUACUCAGGCUGGCGAGCUGGAGACAAGAAGAGAUGACCAUGACCAUAGCAGCCAGGAUCACAGCCCUAUUCAGUCGCAGAGGGGCAGGAGAGAGGUUCCAGGAGAAGAUCUGUCUGUGAAAUCACAUGCACAUGGUGUUCUUCACCAACAUGAGGAGUGUCUGAAUUUAACGGAGCUGCUACACCAUUAUGGACUGAGCUCGGAUUCUCUCAUAUCUCCAGUGCAGUUCACCUAUUUAUGUCCAGCUCUGCUCUAUCAGAUAGACAGACGCUUCUGCAUCCUUCAUUAUCACCACGUUGAGGCUGAAGUACAAGAUGAAACAUCUUCAGUGUGGGUCUGGAUGUGGGGAUUUGUGUCGAUCACCAUCAUCAGCCUGCUGUCUCUGCUGGGUGUUGUUCUGGUGCCCAUCCUCAACCAGUCCUGCUUCAAGUUUCUCUUGACCUUCCUGGUGGCGCUGGCCGUGGGAACCCUCAGUGGUGACGCCUUACUACAUCUACUCCCUCAUGCUCAAAGUGGCCAUGAUCACAGCCAUGGAGGACUCGCAGAGGAAGAACCCACAGACUUUCUGACCAAGUUUGAUGGAGUUUGGAAAGGACUGACUGCACUAGCAGGAAUCUACCUCCUCUUCAUAAUUGAACAUUGCAUUGGCAUGUUCAAACACUACAGGGACCAAAGGGGAAGCCUCUGCCAGAGGAAGAAGAAAGGAGAGCAAGCAAAGAUUGGGAGGAAGUUGUCAGAUCACAAACUCAACAGGCGUUCAGAUGCCGAGUGGCUCCAUCUGAAGCCUCUAACAGAGGGAGAAGGUGCAACAUGUGAAGCAGGACACAAUGACACUCAGAUGACGGAGUUGCAGCCUUUGGAUUCACCCAGCAAAAUGCCACUCUCCAUCUCUGAUUCAGAUCACGCCAACAAGGAGCCAGUAAAAACAGAAGAGGACAGUAGGCCAAAGGCAAAAUCAAAAAAGCAUGGACACGGGAACGGACAUGGUCACUCCCACCAUGGGCACUGUCACUCUGACCAGGAAAUGAAAGAUGCAGGGAUCUCCAGCAUAGCAUGGAUGGUGAUCAUGGGAGAUGGCAUGCAUAACUUUAGUGAUGGACUUGCUAUAGGUGCUGCUUUCAGUGCUAAUAUUACAGGAGGCAUUAGUACUUCAGUGGCUGUUUUCUGUCACGAACUGCCCCAUGAACUAGGUGACUUUGCUGUUUUAUUGAAGGCUGGGAUGUCAGUGAAGCAAGCCAUUGUGUACAAUGUCCUCUCUGCUCUGAUGGCUUAUGCUGGCAUGGUGAUCGGCACGGCUGUGGGACAGUACACGCACAACGUCACCAGCUGGAUCUUUGCCGUUACUGCUGGCAUGUUUCUCUAUGUGGCAUUAGUGGAUAUGUUACCAGAGAUGCUUCAUGGUGACAGUGAGGAGCACAAGCGCUGUGAGAUGGGUCACUUUGUCCUGCAGAACUUGGGCAUGCUCACAGGGUUCGGCAUCAUGUUGCUGAUCGCCAUCUUCGAGGAUCACAUUGUGCUUGACUUUGGCUUCUAGCCGGAGCCUGAGGUCAGGGGUGGCGUCAUUCAUCAGCUACAUUCACACACGUGCUUUGCCUUAAAGUGGCUUUGUUUUGUGAUGGUACAGUCUUGCAGGCAUGUCUCAAAAGACAGCAUCAGUAGCUUACAGUGGACAUGGACAUGCAAACAAACAUGUUUACAUUUCAUCAUUUCUCAUCUCUUCCUCUCUACUAGACCGUUCUCUCUUGUCCUUAAUCAGUUCUUUUUUUUUCUUUUUCUUUUUGAGUAUGUGUUUCCAAUCAGACACAUCCACAGCACAUGAGAAGCACUCCCCAGUAUUUGGGUUAUCCCUUUAAUAUUGUAGUUUUUUUUUUGUAGGACUGUGUCCUAGAGAGAAGCAGCUAUUCAUCAGUCACUCAUUCAGUGUCAUGUUUAGCUCUUUCAUUCAUCUGUAUUGUAUCUCAUAGUCCAUUCAUUCGUAACUGGCGUGUUGUGCUGUGUAUGUCUAGUGUGUUACACCAUCUCCGUGUCAGGCACAGAACUGUGCUAAUAUGGUGCAACAGAGUCCAACUGGCAUCAACACUGCAGUUUUCUUUUUUUAUUGAGAAGUACUGGUCAGUAUUGUUUGCCAGGAUCAUGAAAAACAACACACUUGGUUUGCGCUUUGCUGUCAACAUUGACUACUUGUGUAUUUCUUACACUAUAUUUACCAUUCGUAGUCCACAGUCUUAGAAUUUCAUUUGCUUUUUUUUUUCUUUUCUUUUCUGUUAUUAUUGUCUAAGAUUGUACUAGUGAUUUGGCCAACUCUGAGUAUUGAAGAAAUAGGUAUGCAACUGUGUUUUGAAUAACCUCGUACACGAUGCUGCCAAAAGACCGAUCACAUUCAUGAGGUCAGCUGAACAGUGACUGAACAUGUCCAGUAUUAAAGCUAAUGCUAAAACACUGUGAUUUUUAAAUGAAGAACAACUGUCUACGCAUAUCUGUCCAUCAAGGAAUACAUCACUUUUCUUUUGGGAAGUCUAUUUGUUCAUUGAUAAAAUAGUAAUUAUCAUGAUCUAGACUACUUUCAGAGUUGAUUUUCAUAUCCAAGUGGAGUUGUUGUAAAUAAUGAUCUUGUUACAAUUGAAGAAGUUCAAGAAAUAAUUAUCUUCCCCAAAGGAGAUUUGCUACUGAAGACUUGUUUUUUUUGUUGAACAAGUUGGCAUUUUGAAAUACCUUUACUUUAUUUUAAUUUUAUGACAUGUUUGGUAUUACUGGAAAAUUCAGAAUGUUAUUUUGUGAGACAUCAGCACCUUUUAUACACUGACCAUCUAAAAACUUGCUUUCUGGGAGAACCAUUCCUUUUUAAACCUAAAAAUUGAGUUUGCCAUUAUGAAAUGUUCUUUUUUGACAAUCUUAAAUGCUCUCGUUUCUUGACACCCUCCUAUUAUUAAAAUUAAUGCACACAUUUCGAUCAUUGGCCUUAUGUGCAAUUGUAUGAAACUACAAUCAAAGCUACAGAACGUCUGUUCAUCUGUCCCCCUCUGAUGCGAUUCUCGUUAAUGAGUGUGCAACAUUUUGAUUGUGCCAAAUAUGGGCUGUUUCUAAAACUGCGCACAAGCGCUGCCUGUGCCCGCAGUCGCCUCUACACAUUCCACUGGCUGUGUUCGCUGCUUGAAUCCUCUACCGUCAUGAGUUGGUGGGGCAUGUUAUGUGAUUCAUGCUUAUCCUGUCACCAUGUGACAUCCAUUUAUUUGUUCUCGUGGGUGUGUAUCGUUAUUAAUUAAUGGAAACAUGCAUGAGACAAGUGAAAGUGUCUAGUUUUCAUUUCUGUUAUACAAUGGAGAUAUGAGAACACUUAAAGUUGAUUUCCUCUUUCCCUGAAGAACUUAAUUUUCACAGCUUGAAUGUAAAGCCAAUGAGUUUUAGGGGUCAUGUGAGCAAGCCUAAUCAGAGUCGUCAGAGAUUAGGUCUAAAGCCCGUGUACGUCUGUGAAAUGAAGUUGUCCAUUUUGUUUAACCGAAACCGAGCUCUAGAGCUCAAAUGAAACACCUCGGUUAAGUGGUGCAAAGAAAUAACUAAAAAUGACGCACACCAAUUUGCUUCAUGCUUUACAGUGUAUUCCAAAAAAGGACCAUCCAGAUAUUUACUUAAACGCAUUUGAGUAUUGUCAGUUGUUUGGGAAGACAUUUAUUUUUAAAUCCUCUGUUUACACAGCUUGGAUGUUAAAGCGUUUUCAAUACAUUUGCCAUUCUUGCUGAUUGUCUGUGCAUUUCUUUGUCAGAAGUGGAAAAUAAAGUUUGCAAAGCCUA